AUGAGUGGCGAGAAAAACCAGACCAAGAAUGAGUUCGUGAGGGUAAUGCUCGAUGACGGUGAAGAGUACGACGGUGUUUCUCUCAGCGAUGAAACUGCACUGUCUAGUUUUCCGGUCGAGGGUGCUUCGAAUAGGUCGGAGAAGGAGCGCGCCAUGACGGAGGCGAACGAGAUUGACGGCGGGAGGGAGAAGCUCCUGCUGGUCGGCCUGAUAAUCGGCGUGGGAUCGGCCGCCGAAUCGCUUCCUGUUGGUGCCACUGAAGUGGAUCGCAAGGACGACGCAAUCAAAAGGCAUGUCACGGUGGAUACACCAACCACGUCAUCGAAGCCUCUGGUUCCGAUCACUGCCGAAGCACAAGUCAGACCUGAAGCAUCGGGAAGCGCAACCCUCGAUACUGGACCUUAUAGCAACCACAGAGAUUUUCUGCCUCUUCCAAUGAGCAAACCGACCCAUGAAUCACUCGUGCUUAUGCCGAGUCCCAUGUAUGGACCUUUCGCAGUACCUUUCCCCAUGCCUCUCUCUUACCAUCCAAUGCCACCGUUGUCUCUGAACGUGCCAUAUGUGAUACAUAGGCACCCAUUUCUUGGCGCCGGCAGCGCGGGAUACCCAUUUCAGAUAUUCCACGCCCCAGCACCCUUCAUACCGGCGCUGUCUUAUCUUCCUCCACUUCCGCCACCUCCUCCUGGUUACCCGCCUCUGCCACCUCUACCUGGUCGUCCCGGGGGACUUCCAUCGCCCCCUCAGGCUCCGAAGCCACCGCAGCUGCCUAGCCUUCCGAAGCCUCAACUACCGCCAACUGGGACACCUCAGAUUCCUCCCAGGGUGCCUUCCCCGCCUAGGCAACCGCCCAAGAUGCCGUUGCCGAAACCUUCCCCUCCUGUCAGGCCAGCACCCCCCGCUAAGCGGCCCGUAUCACCCCCGAGAAAGCAGCCGCGGCCACCGACAGUGAAACCCCCGUCGCAGCCUUUGCCGGUUCCCAGACCACUGCCAGCGCCUAAGCCAGUGCCCAGGCCUCCGACUCUUCCCAAGCAACCGAAGCCCGAGAAAAAGCCAGAGCCCGAAACGGGACCAGUUCCCUUGCCAGAGGACGAGGACGACACCGAGAUCGCCGACCCAAUAUCCGAUCCGCCUGUGCUCUCAGAAGAGAAUAACCCUGGGCGCGAAGAAUUUCCGAGUUACUACGAACCCGAGGCGCUUUUAGCCCAGGUUGCCGCGGAAAAAGUCACCGAUGCUGCCAGCACUACAGCAGGUGAUACUAAUAGCCGUAAUGGUGCAGCCGAUUUGAAGUCACAGCCGGGGUCCUCUGUUUACGAUAGCCAUGUCGUGGAAGUCUGACGACCACAGGCUGAACAUUAUGUCGUGCGGCGUAUCGAUUCCUUCACUUUGCGUCUGAGCUGCGUUAUUCAAGAAUGCAUUCAUUUGCCGCAUAUGCUAACAGCAUUGAUUUCGCUUUCCUAGUAACGAAGAUCCAUGCGCUUUUAUUAUUCAUUAUAAAACGCGUAUUUAUUUGUAUUCACGCAGUACCUCACUUCAUGUUCAACUAUGAGCGCCAGAAUCGGUCGUUCAUGUCUCGCCUUCAGUACAUGUUGCAAUGCCGAAAUAACUGCAGUGACUCUAUUGAAAAUCAGUCAUCGUAUUGCAUCACAAGCUUGAGCUCUUUUUUCAUCAAGUUCGAAUGUUAUUGAGUGUGGGAACUUUUCGUCUUUUUUUUUUUUUUUGCUAGUAUGUGCACACCAGAGUGCACACACUGCUUCCUCAGCGCGAGGCUUCUCCUGGCGAAUAAAUUUCUUGCGGGUCUCGAGAAGCAAGUUUGCGUAAGCAACUGAAAGGAUAGUGUGACGUCUCGCGUGAGCUAGGGCCGCUAGUAUACUGAUCCAUACGGGGCCGUAUUUUGCACUGAUCUACUUAAUUUUUCAUUCUCUUCUUAUCCAUCAUGCCGAGUGGCCGAUUGCUGCGACAUCAGUGGCACAGCGACAUCCGAAGCGACGAAAGGGGAAAAGAAUGAGGAAUGAAUUGAAUCGCCGCGAAAUAUGACCCUUGAGUGUAUUUUAUACCAACUAGCAGUUAUGCUAUAUUGACAUGCCUGUAAUCAAUUACUUUGACCAGGACGACCGACACUGUGUUUGUUCAUCAAGUGGUAUAUGUCGCUGUUGAAAUUAAAUUGCCCUUAAGGAUUCACCAGGUGGCUAGAACGAGUACUUUUGUAUCUGUGUGGGCACAUGUGUGCGUCUGUCUGCGCAAGUACACGAAAACAAGAUAUGAGAAUAAAGACUUCUAUAAAAUGCUUCUAUAAAUUUUUUACAUUACUUUAAAUGCAAAAGACCGGCACGAACCACUUACUUCACUGAUGUUUUGUGAUGCUUUCGCUUACAUAUUAAAUGUUUUGAACACUACCGCA